AUAAAAUCCGCGUGUGUCGUUACUGCUUGCAAGCCACUAUGCUCGUUCGGACCUUUAUUGUUGUUCUUCGUUGGACCAGUUCCAAAUUUUAUGACUAUAGUUUUUAAUACUUGUGAAUGCGCUUCAGCCGAUCGGAUCCUCCCACAUGGACUCUGAGAAUCGAGUGAUACUCAACGUGGGUGGAAUCAGACAUGAAACAUACAAGGCCACACUCAAGAAGAUCCCAGCUACCAGACUUUCAAAACUGACGGAAGCAGUGGCGAACUAUGAUCCGAUAUUGAACGAGUAUUUUUUUGACCGCCAUCCUGGAGUUUUUGGACAGAUACUGAACUACUACCGAACGGGGAAAUUGCACUACCCAACGGACGUAUGUGGACCACUAUUUGAGGAAGAACUUGAGUUUUGGGGGCUGGAUGCCAAUCAAGUUGAGCCGUGCUGCUGGAUGACCUAUACAUCUCAUCGGGAGACACAGGAAACUCUUCAGAUACUGAACGAUCUUGAUUUGGACACUGAACGGAAAACUGAGGAAGAACUUUAUGCCAAGUUCGGUUUCGAAGAUGCAUAUCAGUCUGGAUCACUAUCGAUUUGGCAAAAAUACAAACCAAAAAUUUGGAUGCUGUUUGAUGAGUCCUAUUCCUCUUUGGGAGCAAAGUUCUUGGCCAUCGUCUCUGUGUUCUUCAUUGUGCUCUCCAUCCUCUCCUUCUGUCUCAAAACCUCGUCGAGCCUUCGCAUUCCUUAUUUGUACAAUGAGAGCAUUCAUACUGAGCCAAGCGAUACUGCCUCAUAUCUGAUAACGACCAUCAUUGAUCGGCCAUCAGAAACAAUCAAUGGAGUUCCUACUCCUUUACCAUCAUCUCAAUUUGAUCGGGAUCAACCAAGGUUACCCGCACCAGACAAGCACAGCGACCCGGGAGGUCAUUCCCCCUGGACUGAAUUUAACUGGACUAUACGUAAAGGAAAAAUCAGAGCUCACGACUUUUUCAGUUACGUAGAAACCAUAUCAAACGCCUGGUUCACUUUUGAAAUUAUUAUUCGGUUUCUCGUCACUCCGUCGAAACUGGAGUUCAUCAAGUCACCUGUAAAUAUAAUCGAUCUGCUGGCUUUGAUCUCAUUCUAUGUGGACUGCAUAAUAACCGCAAUCUUGUCUGAAGAUGGUGGCUAUGAAGCACUGGAGUUCUUCUCAAUCAUUCGGAUCAUGCGUCUGUUCAAACUGACCCGGCAUAUUGCCGGACUGAAGAUUCUCAUUCAUACGUUCCGCGCCAGUCUGAAGGAACUCGUCUUGCUCGUAUUCUUUCUUAUGGUGUUCAUUGUUAUUUUCGCGGCCUUAAUGUAUCAUGCCGAACGUUUUCAACCAAGUCCGGACAACGACUUCGCCUCCAUACCGGUUGGCCUAUGGUGGGCUAUUGUGACCAUGACCACUGUGGGUUACGGCGAUCAAGUACCAAAGACUUACCUAGGUAUGGUUGUCGGGGCUAUGUGUGCCAUUACCGGAGUCAUGACAAUCUCUCUACCCGUGCCCGUAAUUGUUUCCAACUUUUCGCGAUUCUACACUCAUACUCAGGCGCAGUCCAAAUUGCCCAAAAAACGCCGACGUGUGCUUCCUGUCGAAGCUGUGAGGCCAAAGAUGAUGGGACCAAGUGGACUCGGGGCGUCCGGGACUAACCCGUUCGCUGCCCGCUCCGGGUUUCCGAACGCGACGCAUGACUUUCACUCGAACCAUGCCGGUCGUGGUGCAACAGUGGAAGUAAUGCAGAGAACAACCGGAGGUAGUGUGAAUCCCAAAUUACGUACAAGCGUGAAUAGUCGAGAUGCAGAUCAAACCGAGCGCGAAACUCUUUUUCCGUCCUAUUCCCAUGUGGAAGCCCGCGUGGAACCAAGCCUACUUUUUGACUUCCCGUUGCCAACGACGAACAGUACAAGUGCGGCGAAUACUAAUGUCACAUCGGAAAACGACAUGAAGCCACAAACUGUGCAGUCAGACAGAAAAGAAUCGAAUAAACAAGAUCAUCUGAACUCAUUGUCCCUUAGUCGCACAGCUUUGUCAGACGCUCCAGUGGAGCCAGAUCUCAAAAGUCGUGGACCAAGCACACAACUCAUUGCCAACGAUGUUCGCGCCUCACCCUCUGUCCUUGUUUCAAACACCAAAGAUGACGUAAUGCUCAAUUCUGAAGGAAACUUCCAACAAUAUGAUGAGUACUUGAGAAUACAAAGGACAUCAGAAAUCACUCCUCCACGUCUAUCCAUUGGGUCAGUGGAAAAAAUGGACAACAUUCGCACCGAUGCGUCAAAAUCACGAAACAGACCAUUCACAGAAGCACGGAUAUGACUCGAGAUUAUGGGGACACCCGGAAGUCACCAGAGUACUAUACGCAACGUUGAUCAGAUUGAAAUUAGUGCGUUCAUUGAUCACUUAUUUUUCUUCUUUCCUAUCCCAGCUGAGUCAUAAUAUGUAAAACUGCAGUGACAUGCUGAAAAAAGUGCUGUUGGCCAAAAGGACACUAGUUUGUUUGAACGUGAUGUUUGCAGAACCUGCGCUUUUUCGAACAUUAGGAAAAGUGUUAUUUGUGAUACAGAUACGUUUAGCGCUUGGUUAACCGAAGCCCGGUUCACUCCAGCCGUUGUAUAGUCUUCUUUCAUAUAAUCCUUCUGU